GGCCGGAUACCUUAUAUGAGAGCACCACUCCUUUCGACCUCGAUUUCAAUGCGGAGAUGCUUGGAGGAGUAAGAUGUGCGAUCCUGAGCGACUGCAACAAUGAUACAGGCCGUGAUUGCAGUUCUCUUAGCAUUGCUGGCUUCGGCCUACACUUUCCGCCAAUUCGCGCACUUGGACUGGGUUCUCGGCCCCUUAAUAUCGCGCAUCUCGUGGUGGUGGCACAUCUACCUGCGUAACUCGCCUCAUGACGGUCGCAGGCUCUCAGAGCUUCAUGCGAGAUAUGGAAGAAUCGUGCGUCUAGGAACAAAUCGGAUCAGUGUCUCGGAUCCGGCAAUCAUUUCUCAGAAUGUUGAUGUUUGGGCACAUGGUGAACGCGAUGACCAAACUCCAACCAGCCAGUGGGCGAGAUUCCUGGAAUACGAGGGUAUCAACGAUAGCUCAACAAAAGAGCUCCUCGACGCACUCAAAAGAUAUCAAAGUAUCGAGCUGGUAGCCUCUCUCAAGAUAUUUGCCGCGACGCUCAUUGAUAAACGUAUCUGCGACCCAGCGUCAAACGCAGCUCAGAUACAGACCCAAGCAAUAAACGCCCGCUCGCUUCCCGACAAACCAUCGAUAGUAGAAUACAUACUUUUCCAGAGCCCUGUAUCGUCACUGAAAAGGUACCGAGGUCGGCAGCUUACACAGUGUUCAAUGAUGCCCAUCCAUGCCCUCACGACACCUGCUGGCCUCCACAAACCAAACCUAGACAGCACCAACAUCCUUAACGACAACACCCUGGCGAGCGACGAGCUUACAACCGAAACUGAAUCCCUCAUCACAGCCUUUGCCUCCGUCUUCUCACAUCUGCUCCAAUACCCCGAAAGGCUGACUACCCUGCAAUACGAGAUCGAUUCAGCCUACAAUACUGGAUCACUCUCCUCCACUCCACGCUGGAGGGAACUAUCACGCCUUCCCUACCUCUGCGCCGUGAUGAAAGAGUCGAUGCGCCUAACCUGCACGGCGGACAGUGAGAAGGAGUUCCCAGCCUCAGCGGUCUCGGGCAAUCUGCGAUCGGAAUUCAUCUUCCCAAGUGGUACGAUCAUCACCUGCAACGCCUACGUCGCGCAAUUCAAUGACACAAUCUACGGAGACGACGCACACGCCUUCCGCCCGGAGCGAUGGCUCAUUGCCAGCGUGCCGCAGCGGAAGCUCAUGGAUCGAGCCAUCCUACUCUUUCAUCCGGGUCUACACACCAAUCCAAAGCUCCGCGCCGCCUGGCUGGAACUGAAGAAGGUGGUUGUGCAGAUUUUGCUCAACUUCAACAUCCAACCCUUCCUAGUCGAUCAUCAUGCAAGACAAACGUCGAACCUCUCGGCGGUUUCUACAAUAGUCACUACGACUCCCAGGAUGCCGGAGGUCUGACAGCACAUAAACCCGACCACACAAGCUCUUCAGCCAUGGCUUUCAUUCGAUCAACUAGCAAAUCUUUCAUAAGCA